AAUUCUUAAUAAACGGUGACAACUGACCAGUGAAAAUGUUCUAGUUCUGAUUAUACUAAAGAAAGAAUAAAUAUGGUUUUCAGUUCUCAUUGUGAAGUUAGCUAGUUUUUCUUCAUAUUUAUAUAUUUACAUACAAUAUACAUGUAUGUUUAGUUUUAUUAUCAUUUUAUUAAAAAUUUUGUUUUCAUUAGUUCAGUUUUGAGUUAUUUUCUUCAUCAUUGUAACUUUGCUUAAAUCUUUAAUUUUUUACGCUUUUUAUUGAAGUUUAAGUAGGAACAUUAGAAUUCCCAGUCUUCCUGGGACCCUUCAAAUCAACCACAUGGAGCAUUUGUUUAUUUUGUUCAAACUUUUUAAAACUUUGAAGAAAUUAUUCUUUUAUGUAAAUCUUAAAUUAAAUCCUAGAAAAAAAUGUAUUUCCUGAAUAAAUGUAAUGAUUAACGUGUUUAACGCUCAUCCUUUCUUUGAUUCGACGAUUGAUAUUUUGUACUGAAAGCUCUCGGGUUUCAGAUCAGGAUGGUUGGAGGUGGUGGUGAGGAGGCUGUUGAGGGGUUUGAGGACGAAGAUGAGGAUAGUUUAGAUGAAGAUAUUCUGAUAGAUCUUCCAAUCUGUGUCCAGGUGGAAAACCUGAAUGCCAAGCUGGCUGUGAAGAACAGUAAAAUUUGUCAGAAGUGUACCAAGUUCAAAAAACAGGUGAAGGUAUUGAAGUUGGAAUUAAAGAAUAAAGAGGUGGAGACACAGGACGGAGACAGUCAAACCACGGAAGAGGAUCUGAGGCAGGCGGCCUGGAUUUUCCAGUACAAGCAGAAUACAACACCAAGGAUAUCCUCUACUCAGCAGGAUGAAAGUUCAUUAGUUGACAGUAUCCGAGAUACUGCAGAACAAGCUCUACUAGAGCAGGGGAUGGUGCUAGAAGAAACAUCAGGUUUGUACUAUGAUUACAAGACAGGGUACUACUAUGAUGCUGAGAAGGCGUUGUACUAUGACGGGAGUACAGGAACAUAUUUCAAGUACAACCAGGAUACAAAGGAGUACUUGGUAGACUCCAUGCUUCCUGAGGAGGAGGUGGCAGCACAGAAGGAAUUAAAAUUAAGGGAAGAAGAGAAGAAACUUCACAGAAUAAGGAAACGAAGAAGAUCUUCGGAUAAGGAGAGAGAUCCCUCGAGAGUAGAGGAUGUAAGAGAAGGAAGGAUGCACGAUGAAUACUCCGACGAUGAUAUCCAAGAAUCCGAUAUACCUUGUGUUAGAUUAGUUGUAAAGAAUACUGAGGAUGAGAGAGUUCAUCUUGGUUCUCUUUAUAUUAUUACUUGUAAAGGUGGAUCUAUUGGCAGCAAGGGACUUCAUGAGGUUUUGCUGCCUGACCUGGGUUGCUCCAAGCUACACGCUCAAGUCAGUUUUAAGUCAUCAGACUGCUCUUAUUAUCUCAAAGAUCUUGGAUCUCGGAAUGGAACUUGGAUUAACGGGAAGAGAUUAAGUAAACCUAAAGAAGAGAGUAAACUCAUACAAAUAGGCCAUGGAACUUGUAUUCAGAUUGGAAAAACUAAACUUAUUUGUCAUGUUCAUCCUGGAACAGAAACUUGUCUAGAAUGUGAACCUGGUCUAGUGAGAGCAGAGCUCAGGUCUGAGAACGGACACGGUGGAGCAGGGAAGGAAGAAUUAAGGAAGAAGGAACUCAAGGAUUUAAAGAGAAAAUAUGGGAUCGGAGUUGGUCUCUCGGAGGAGCGAGAGGAGAUCCCUGGAUUCAUAGAUCGAGCGGAGGAGAGGAGAUUAAUCCAUGGAGUGGAUCCGAUCAAUGCUAAAACUGAAACUGCUAGUAUAGAUCAAGCGAUAGGUGGUAAGAAUAAAGGGUUUAAGAUGCUGGAGAAGAUGGGUUGGGAAGGAGGAGGGUUGGGACGGAGUAAGGAUGGAAUCCAGGAACCCAUCCAGGUUCAACAACGAGCCAACAAAUCAGGACUUGGAACUGAUAUACCUGUCGAGAGCAUUUCUGCACGUGAUAAGAAGAGAAAUGAAAUCUGGAAGAAAACUCAGAAAAGAUUUCAGAAAACUCCAGUCCUUGAUGUGUUCAAGAUUAGUGAAAGUGAUGAUGAGCAAGAAGAAAGCUAAUGAUAUGCAAUGUUAUUGAAUUUAAUUAAAUGUUGAGUAUUUUUUGUCGGCAUUUUCGAAGGGGCCGUUUUCCCAGCGGAGACUACUAACUUUGAGUAUCUUAUCAGCCGCUCUUUUAUCUGAAGCGUAAUCUAACAGCAGCGCUUGUUCCUUUUGUAAAAUUUGGCUUCAGCGCUUGGCCCUAUUAUUUAACUGCGGCGUUUGUCACCAUACCAUCAUCUUGGUUCCAUAGCCUACCCUAGACUCAGAGCUCGGCCCUUCUAUUGUAUAAUAUAAGGUCACUUAGGAAAAUGUACUUUUGGGGAUCAACCAUUUAGUAACUGUGUCAUUGGGAUAAGUACUUAAUACUAACGUUAAUUUCCGUCCCUGUUUUCUAUUUUUGAUAUUCAAAUGACAAAAAUUAGGGGUUUUGUUUAAAUACGGAAAAUGACGUAAAUGAUAAGAAAUGAAAUGUUACUUCUGUGAAAUUAUUAUACGAUUUUCUAAACUCUGAUCAAAAUACCAGAUUCAUGCUGAUAUGUUAAUCUAGUAAUUCAUAAUACAUACAUUGUAUCAACGUUAGUCCUAUUUAUUUCAGA